AUGUUGAAGGUGCUGGUGGCGGGUAAGCCCAACAAUGCGGCUCUUGGCGUGAGCCUGUUUCUGACGAUGGUGGUGAUGGUGAUGUGGGGUGUGUACAUGGGCGGUCUGACAAAGACGUCGGGGCCCAUCUACAACAUUUACCACGGGCGCGCGGAGAUCGAGCACGUCAACGUGACGAAGAUUCUGCCCAUUUCCGCGCCGAUCCUGCAGUUCCUGGGCGGCGCGCUGCUAUCGAAGAACGUGUCGAACGAGAUGAUCUUUGGGUCGCUGAAGAGGAUGGCGCAGACAGAGGCACUGGCUCCUAUGCUGCAGCUACUGACGAACACGACCAACUCUGUGGGCACACUGGCGGAGUUGGCGGCCGCGAACUCCGGGAAGGAGAAGCCGGUCGCGCCGCUCAAGGGACUGCUCGAUAUAAUGCAGACCUCGAAGAAUGCCUCUGCGGUGGUCGAGGGUCUAUCACUGGUUGCGAAGGGCGUGGAGGCAGCCAAGAAGGAGAACGCUAGCGUCAAGUCCGAUGCCGAGAUAUUGGCGCUGAUGGCGGUGGCCGGUAAUGACGUGCCCAAGGCCGUUCACUCGCUGAACACGCUUGCCGCUAUUCCUUCCGAAGACCGCCUGAAGCUCAGUUCUAUUUUGAUUACGUUGAACUUAUCCCCCGAUCCAAAGGCUUUUGCAACGGCACUGGAAGAUUUCUUAAACAAGGGUUUGAAGUUGGACGAUGUGAGGGAGAUAAUCAGCCAGUUUAAUGCCAAGAUCCAACGGUCAACCAAUGCCUCCGAGAUUGCCGGCAUAGCGGAUGAGAUUGCCAAAGCGGAGAAGCAGGACAGCUCCGCGGCGGUGUCUGCCAUGGGUGCCGUCCUAGGGCAUGCAGCGAGUCCUUUCGGUGCUUUGAACGUGCUUAACAGUUCUGCCGAGCUCUUGAACCAGCCGGGAGCAAAGCCUGCUGCCGGUGCUCUCAAGGGCAUGAUGGAGGCUGCGUCUAACACGACUAAGGCAAUUGACUUCAUCAUGGAGCGUGCAAGUCAUCCAAAGGCUGGCGCGGCAGAGCAGGUGAUGGGUCUAGAUAUGGUACUCCAGAAUGCCGUGAACUCAAGCGAAACCUUUGCAAAUAUCAUAAAAAUGCAGAUGGCAUCGACCGAGGAGUCGCAGAAGGCCCUCCCAAGUUUGUUGGGCUUGUUGUCGUACUCGACUGACAAGAUCGAGAGCAUGAAAUCCGUGAUUAAGCUGAUAGAGUUCGGUGAAAAGAGCCCUGAUGUAUUGAAUCCUGUCCUAGAAGUGCUGCAAGCUUCCGUGAAGGUCAACAGAUUGAUACCCUCGAAAGAGAUCUUGGACUUAACACCCACGAUCCUGGAAAACUUCAAUGUUGCUGCGAGGUACAGACUGGGCAUUUUCACGAUCUGCAAGUUGUUCCUAAACGGCACGCAAAAGGCUUGCAGCAAGCCGCAUGUCGUGCAGGGCUUCGACUACCGUAACAUCCUGUACACCGACCUGAUGGACUCCGACUUGGCUCCGUACAUUAAAACUCUAAGAGUCGGGCCCAAUGAUCUAUACCUCGAAGGUAAGUUGUUGGAGAAACAGCCCAUGUACGAACCCAGUAUCCGCGCCCAUCUCGCGUUCGACAUUCUCGGCCUUCUGUCUGCGUUCAUUCUUCUUUUCACUCUCGCUGGCGCGAUGACUGGCGCCUUGUCGCUCGGGAUGCACGCUUGGGUGAACCGCCUGCUGGUAGCUGCGGUCGCCGGCUUCGCCUUACUUUCGGCGACUGUCAUCCAGAUCGUCACCGCGGUGGUUAAGUGGGGAGCAAAAAUUGACAACUACGGCGUUGUUUACAAGCAGGGCACUGCCCAGGCUACGCUUUCCUGGGUCGCUUUCGUGCUCGAGGCAAUUGUGGUUCUCAUCGUUUGGGGAGCAUACUAUGCCGGCGGGAAGUCACAAGGUGUGGUCAAUGUGGAGGAGGGCCGCGCUUCGACUUCCGAUGAGGACAUUGACAAGGAGAAGAUCUCGCGCCCUCAUCCUGCGCAUCCGGACAUUUAG